CAGUAGCAGCAGCGCGGCGGCGGCGGCGGCGGCAGCGGCAGCAGCAGGAGGAGGAGGAGGAGGAGGAGGAAGGGAAGGGGAGGGGAGGGGAGGAGGGCAGAGAAAAUGUUUGUGCCGACGGAAAAGCGACGUUCGGGGUAGAAACUUGAGUCCGUGUUGCGGAUGAAUCCGGUCGUGGCCGUCGGAUGCGGAUGAAUGAGAGUGGCCGUGGGAGAGCCUCGUCGCUGCGGGACUCGUCUCGGUUUUCCCGUCGCUCCUCGGUGGUUUAGGCAACAGCGGACCUCCCCCCUCCCCCCCCCCCCUCGUAUUUUCAUGGCAGGUCGGGGCUAACUAGCCAGUCCUCCAUCGCGUCAGCCCGGACGGAGCCGGGUCUCUGACGUGAAGCGCCCCGCGCAGGACAGCACAUCUCCGGCUGAGGGAGGAGGAUCGGACGGCGUUUUCUCUCGUUCCACGGAGGAGCCCCCCCCCCCGUCCCGACGGAGGAGGACGAUGGCAGCCAGCCUGUCCGCUGAGGAAGAACAGGCCACCAAACAGUUUCUGGAGGAGAUCAACAAGUGGACCAGUCAGCAUGGCGUCUCGCCGCUGUCGUGGGACCUGGCCGUCAAGUUCCUCAUGGCCCGCAAGUUUGACGUCAUCCGAGCCAUUGAGCUGUUCCACAGCUACAGGGAAACUCGUUUAAAAGAAGGGAUCGUCCGACUCCAACCACAGGAAGAGCCGCUCCGCUCCGAGCUGCUCAGUGGCAAGUUCACCGUGCUGAGUGUGCGAGAUCCAUCAGGUGCGUCUAUUGCCUUGUACACGGCCAAACUUCACCAUCCCAACAAGACGGGCAACCAUGUGGUCCUGCAGGCCCUGUUCUACCUCCUGGACCGGGCCGUGGAGAGCUUCGAGACGCAGAGGAACGGUUUGGUCUUCAUCUACGACAUGGCUGGAUCAAACUACACCAACUUUGAGCUCGACCUCAGCAAGAAGAUUCUCAAUUUACUUAAGGGGGCGUUCCCCGCCAGGCUGAAGAAGGUGCUGAUCGUUGGCGCUCCUGUCUGGUUUCGGGUUCCCUACAACCUCCUCAGUCUGCUCCUCAAGGAGAAGUUGAGGGAGAGGGUUCAGAUGGUCAAAAUGGCCGACCUGCGUCACCACCUGCCCAGGGACUGCCUCCCGCAGCACCUCGGUGGCCUGCUGCCUCUGGACGCCCACAGCUGGAACCAGCAGCUGCUGGCGGCCCAGAACGGCCUAGUGGACCCGGUAGAUGAGCUGGUGGGGAUCCCCCUGAUGGAGACGUCCGUCCACAUGCCGGGACCUGAGGCCAUGCGGCUCCAGGAGCUCCUGGCUCACCUGGGCCGGCUCCAGCGCUCAGGUAUUCACCAGGAGUACGAAGAGCUCCGCAAGGAACCGCCUCCAGGAACAUUCCACUGUGCACUCGCAGCGUACAAUCACGAGAGGAAUCGAUAUGGAGACGUACUGUGCCUCGACCAAACCAGAGUUCGUCUGAAAGCCAGGAGAAAUGAGAGAUCAGACUACAUCAACGCCAGCUUCAUGGAUGGCUACAAACAGAAGAACGCAUACAUUGGUACUCAAGGUCCACUAGAGAAGACCUACGGAGAUUUCUGGAGAAUGGUCUGGGAGCAAAACGUCCUGGUCAUCGUCAUGACGACGAGGACAGAAGAAGGCGGGCGGAGGAAGUGCGGUCAGUACUGGCCCCUGGAGGAAGAAGGUCAGGAGGUUUAUGGCCACAUGGCGGUGGUGAACCAGCGGGUGGACCACCACUCUCACUACAACCACACCACGCUGGAGCUACACAACACCGAGACCUGUGAGCAGAGACAGGUGAGCCAUUUCCAGUACCUGAGCUGGCCUGACUACGGCGUUCCCACCUCCGCCGUGACGCUGGUCGAUUUCCUGGGGAACGUGAAGAGGCAGCAGAGGAAGGUGGUGAAGACCCUGGGCUCUCAGUGGACCGGACACCCGCUCGGACCCCCCAUGGUGGUCCACUGCAGCGCCGGCAUCGGGAGAACAGGGACCUUCUGCGCGCUGGACAUCUGUCUGUCCCAGCUGCAGGACGUCGGCAUGCUCAGCGUGUGCCAGACCGUCCGCCGCAUGAGGACGCAGCGAGCCUUCAGCAUCCAGACCGCUGAGCAGUACUACUUCUGUCACAACGCCAUCCUGGAGCACGCUCAGAGGCAGGGUCUGCUGGCAGCCAAUCAGUGAGCUCUUCUCCCCCCCCCCCAGCCCCCUCACCCCCCACCCACCCCCUCCCCACCUGUUGUUGAGCCUUGACAUUUUAAGCAGCCAGUCGGUGAACCUUGAGCCCUGCGGAGAGAGACGGGGGUCUUCCCUCCUGACGGAGCGGCAGGAGGCGGCGCGGCGGUGUGACGCCGUUGCGUCGUGUGGGUGUGUCUCGGCGUGGUGGACGGACUGCUUCCUGUCUUGUCGCAGCUGUGUGUGUCUGUGGUCAGCUUCCUCGGCGUGAGCGGAGCACGUCACGCGCAGUACACUGUUGUGGGUAGUUGUGCCACUUUACGAUGUGCUAAACCGUUAUAAACACGUAACCACGCCGGCAUGCUGCCGCACGGCUUGUUGAGCCCGCCGCCGCCGCCGCCGCCGCCGCAGCCCGGCCUCUGAACGCGUCACGCUCACUUCCUGUUCAGCGCCUGUGGAAGACCUCGGCGCGGCGUCUGUGUGGCGGAUGGUACGAGUCCGCUUCGCUUCGUCUCCACGGCACCGUAGCCCAACCCAAACGGAGGGGAAACCACCGUCGCUUCUCUUAGUCCGGCGUGAGAGUCAGAGUGCUCAUCUUUUUGGUUUCUUCUUACUUUAGCGCGUCGCAGCCGUCUUUGUCUUCUUCUGUGGUUUUCUUUCUCCCGCUCUCGGUUCCGCGGCGGUAACGUGAAAGAAGGACAUGGUGAAGAGGGAGGCGGCGCGUCUGAAACGAUGUGAGAACGUUUUGUUUUUUAACCCAUUUAAAGCGUUUCAUUGUCCUCGGGGCGUCCGAGUGGCGUAGCGGUCUAUUCCGCUGCCUGCCAACACGGGGAUCGCCGGUUCGAAUCCCCGUGUUGCCUCCGGCUUGGUCGGGCGUCCCUACAGACACAAUUGGCCGUGUCUGCGGGCGGGAAGCCGGAUGUGGGUAUGUGUCCUGGUCGCCGCACUAGUGCCUCCUCUGGUCGGUCGGGGGGGGGGACCGGGGGGAAUAGCGUGAUCCUACGCGCUGUGUCCCCCUGGUGAAACCCCUCACGGUCAGGGGAAAAGAAGCGGCUGGCAACUCCACGUGUAUGGGAGGAGACGUGUGGUAGUCUGCAGCCCUCCCCGGACCAGCAGAGGGGGCGGAGCAGCGACCGGGACGGCUGGGUGAUUGGUGAGGUGAUCGGCCGGAUAUAAUUGGGGAGAAAAGGGGGGGGCGGGGGGAAUCCCAAAAAAAGAAAGCAUUUCAUUGUCCAAGUGAAGUCCACUUUGGUCUUUUUUUUACAUCACUGAUGGUCUGAAAUUCAGGCUUUCUCUUUUGUUGCAAUACACACGCGCGCGUGCGCCCCCAGCAGGCCAUAUACUGCAGCGACGACCCCGCCGCGUGUCAGUCCAACACCUCAGCUGAGUCGUGCAACGGAAGUUGUGUUUAUUAAAUAUGAUUUUAGGAACGUCGUGUGGAGCACUUUUGAAUAAACAUUCCCCACGUGCUCUGAGAUUUGUCCCCGUGCCGGUAAGUAAAAUGACACCACGAGCCAGUCGGUCUCCGCGUGACGCUGGGAUUAAACGACUGCAGGAAGCGCGUCCUGCAGCGGCGGAGGGUUCGAUGUGCCGCGUGGCCGACCGGCGAAACGGAAAGUCUCACGUGGAACUAGAAAGAGGAUUGGCAGAAUACUUGAAAAGAAGUCGCGGGCUGGUUUCGAACCCCCGGUGAAAUCCUCGGUGGCGAGCGGCUUUCAAAUGUACUGUGACGUCCGCCCGGUCCCCGUUGGCGCUCCGCUCACGCCCCCAGCGUCUCGUCCAGAUCUCGUCCAGGCCGCGGUGGCCGGUUCGUCCAGGCCGCGGUGGUCGGUUCGCCCAGGCCGCGGUGGUCGGUUCGCCCAGGCCGCGGUGGUCGGUUCGUCCAGGCCGCGGUGGUCGGUUCGCCCAGGCCGCGGUGGUCGGUUCGCCCAGGCCGCGGUGGUCGGUUCGUCCAGGCCGCGGUGGCCGGUUCGCCCAGGCCGCGGUGGCCGGUUCGUCCAGGCCGCGGUGGUCGGUUCGUCCAGGCCGCGGUGGUCGGUUCGCCCAGGCCGCGGUGGUCUGUUCGCCCAGGCCGCGGUGGUCGGUUCGCCCAGGCCGCGGUGGUCUGUUCGUCCAGGCCGCGGUGGUCUGUUCGUCCAGGCCGCGGUGGUCGG